GGCUGUCGGCUGUCGAACCCAGGGUCCCACCUGUGUCCCCACAGCCCUGUCACAAAUCCCUGUAGGACUCUGGGAGGGACCGCCUCGGCUCUGCGGGCCGGCUGCGGCUCAGCGGUGGAGGACUCUCCCUUCCUGCUCCAUCCCCGGCUGGGCCUUGGGGCGGAACUGAUGACCCUUGAUGAUGUGGUUGGGGACUUCAGGAAAGAGUGGGUUACCUGAACACUGCUUAGAGAAUCCUCUUCAGGGAUGCCACCAAGCUCAGUUAGAAGAAUGUACUCUCAAAGGGAUUUCUGGCCCAAGUAUAAUCUCCCAGCUGGAGCAGAAAGAAGAGUCAUGGGUCCUACCACUUCAGAACUUUGAGGCAAGGAAAAUCCUGUGGGAAUGUCACACAGACUUUGAGCAUCAGGUGGCAAAACUCAAUCAGGACACUUCUGAAACAGCAGAACAAUGUGGAGCAUCCUCAGAACGGACCCCCCAAAACGCUUCUCCUACUCCUUGUUGGGGAGGAAAGUGGGAGAGGGACCUGAAAUUAGAAGGGCAACAUGGAACCCUUCUAGGAGUGGACCAGCAGGUGCCCUUUUCACAAGAGAGGGAUUUAAACAAGCUUCUAGAUGAAUAUGUGGGAAAGAAGCCUAUGUGUGCAGAAUGUGGGAAAAGUUUUAACCAGAGUUCCUGUCUCAUAAGACACUUGAGAACCCAUACUGGUGAGAGGGCUUACAAAUGCGUCGAGUGUGGGAAAGGCUUUAAGCUGAGCUCAGACAUCAUCAGUCAUCACAGAACACACACAGGAGAAAAGCCCUAUCAAUGCAGUGGGUGUGAGAAAAAAUUCAGCGACAGCUCAACACUCAUCAAACAUCAGCGAACCCACACUGGUGAGAGACCCUACAAGUGCCCGGAGUGUGGGAAGAAUUUUGGUCGCAAGCCACACCUCCUAAGGCAACAAAGAACCCACACAGGAGAGAAGCCCUACCUGUGCCUCGAAUGUCAUAAAAGCUUUAGUCGAAGCUCAAAUUUCAUCACUCACCAGAGGACCCACACGGGGGUGAAGCCUUAUAGGUGUAAUGACUGUGGGGAGAGUUUUAGCCAGAGCUCAGAUCUGAUUAAGCACCAAUGAACCCACACAGGAGAAUGGCCCUUUAAAUGUCCCGAGUGCGGGAAAAACUUCAGAGAUAGUUCUCAUUUUGUAGCUCACAGGAGUACGCAUUCAGGAGAAAGACCUUUCAGCUGUCCUGACUGCCACAAAAGCUUCAGUCAGAGCUCGCAUCUGGUCACACACCAGAGAACACACACAGGUGAGAGACCUUUCAAGUGUGACAACUGUGAGAAAGGAUUUUCCGAUAGCUCUGCCCUCAUUAAGCACCAACGGAUCCACACAGGAGAAAGACCCUACAAAUGUGGCGAGUGUGGGAAGAGCUUCAGUCAGAGCUCCCACUUCAUUACCCAUCAGCGAAUCCACUUAGGAUACAGACCCUAUCGAUGUCCUGAGUGUGGCAAGACCUUCGAUCAGUGUUCCCAUUUUCUCACACACCAGAGAAGGCAUACGGGCGAAAAGCCUUUUCAUUGUAGUCGAUGUGACAAGAGCUUCCGUCAGAAAGCGCAUCUGUUAUGCCACCAAAACACCCAUUUGAUUUAGGAAAUAGUUGUUAAUAGUUCUGCUGCUCCCUUCCAAAUUUCCACUUCUAUCUUUAAGUUCCCCAAACAGAGAAAACCUGAACUUUAGUGGCUCAAGUGGGCCUCGACCUGUUCUCCCUUCCUUUCCUAUGAACUUAUAGAGUUCAAAUAAUGUUCUGAGCACAAAAAGGUAGGCCUUCAGUGUGGAGAGAUGUGAGUUUAAUGAUUGAUGCUUGGUUAUUGAAUGAGAAAGGAGAGAAAUGUGGCCUAGAGAACCCAUGUAAAUCACUAGUAUGGUGCCUGGCACAAAGUUGGUACUCAAUAAACAGUCACAUUACCAUGA